AUGGUCCUCAAAUCCAGUUGGCUUUUGGCGCUCUGUAGUCUCGCUGUUCUUGGACCUGUCUCUGGAACGCCUGUUGAUCUUGAUGUCGCCACCGACAAAGGAAAAGUGUGUCGAUUGAAACCGUUGGGACGAGGAAGAGAUGACACCGAUCAGGUCGAAGCUGCGAUUAAGCGCUGUGGAAAUGGCGGUACAACCAUCUUUGAAGAGGGAGACUACAAAAUUACAAGGAAACUCUUCUGGGAACUCAACUCGGCUCGAGUAGAGCUCAAAGGACGAUUAAGCUUCGAGCCGAAGGUGGAGUACUGGCUCGACCCAGCCAACACCUUCCGGGUGGUCUUCAUCCAAAGCCAAGCCUCCUGGUUCGUCGUAACCGGCAAGAACUUCGUGAUCGACGGAAAGAAGAAGGGUGGGAUUGAGGGGAACGGCCAGCCUUGGUGGGAAUACUUUACGGUAGUCCCAAGGCAAGACGGGAACGGGCGGCCCAUCGCGUUCACGUUGUGGAAAGCGAAGAAUGCUGUUAUCAAGGAUUUCAACAUCAUCUCGCCACCGUUUUGGGCUAAUGCGGUAGCGGAAUCGAGUGAGGUUUUGUAUGAUGGUAUGUUCGUCAAUGCUACGAACUUAAAUCCCAAGUACUUUGGACAAAAUGUCGUCUGGAAUACCGAUGGAAUUGAUACAUAUCGAAGCGAACGUAUCACGAUGAAGAAUUGGGAUGUUACCAGCGGAGAUGAUUGCAUUGCCGUCAAGGGCAAUUCUUCCAAGAUCGUUGCCCGAGACUUUGUUUGUCGGGGCGGAACUGGGAUCGCAUUCGGCUCGCUAGGCCAAUACGCUCACUUGACGGAUUAUGUCACCGAUGUCUUGGUCGAGAAUGUCAAGGUGUUGCGCCUUCCUUCAAGGCAACAACCAAACAUGAACUAUGGUAUCUACUUCAAAGCUUGGGACGGCCCAAUCACCGGUACUCCUCCAACUGGAGGAGGCGGAGGACGAGGACUCGUCAGCAACGCCAUCUUCCGAAACGUCAUCUUCGACCGGGUCAUGACCGGCGUCCAAAUCUGGCAAAACUUUGGUAGCGACGGAGAAGCGCCCGUAACCAGCAAAGUCAAAUUUGACGGCCUCCUUUUUGAGAACAUAAAGGGAACUACGAACACCAGUAACAUCGUACGAUUGGAGUGCAGCUCUGAAGCCCCUUGCUCCAACUUCACCUUCCGCAACUUCCGAGUCCACGGCCCCAACAAGACUGAAUCGACCUACAUCUGUGACAACACCGAAAACAUUCGAGGACUACCAGACUUGAAACGGCUAUCGGCGAAGGCGAAGAAGGGGUUAGGUCUACCUGUGGGGGAUGCACGUACACCUGCGAUAGAGGACGACGUAGGGGAUGGAGAAGGGAAGAAUGCGAAUGUGAGCGAGAACGAGAGUUUGGUAGAACCCAAGUUCUACCCAUGGACGAUCUCGAAUCGAUACUACACCGCCAACGUGCAUUUCUCUCUACACUCCCUUUCACGGACGUAUCCUGCCGUGUUUGAGGGGAUUCCGGCGCUAGUUGUAGCUUGGACGCAUGGAGAGCCAAUCGAGGAGUACAUGAAGGAUCUACAGAAGGCUAUGGGUGGACACGAACCUGAAAUCUUACUUGGUGUGCGGUUGCCGGGAGAUAAAGAUAAAGAGACUGGGGGGAUUGAAGAAGAGGAUGAUCUCGAUUCUAUGAUGAUCUCGUACGGGUUCGAGUACAUCGACGCUUCAAGACCGCUGGAUCCAACUCGAACGAGGAAUGAAGACGAGGAUGGCGUACCACACCUCCCACGAGUCCUCGACGCACUAAGCGCAUUCAUGUGGCCAUCUAUGACCACCAACACAGACCUCCCACACGACGACAACGACAACAACGCCGACGGCUCCGACACCGACUCCCCUUCCUCCUCCCAGCACACCUCGCCCAGACCUCCCCGCCACCAACCCACCCUCGACCACAUCAUCAACCGCGACCCCUUCGCAAUCCUCCAAGCCCUCGAAGAACUGGAUGCCGAAUUCAACUUUGAAGACAACGAGGAAGGCGGGGCGAGCGGGUACCACGAAACACUCAAACAACUCGCCAUGCUCGAAGCGGAAUCCAAAGCUGCGGGUAUCAUAACCGAUUCACCUCCGUCCGGAUUCACCGACCUCUCGCCAACUAAUGCGAAUCCACCGAAUCAGAAUUCAGAUCUGUCAAUACCCUUUGGCCUCUCAGAAACACGCUCUCUGAAACCAAAGAUUUCGAUAGGCUUCGAGGACGAUUUUAGCGCAUUUGUUACUGCACCACCAGAGGACGACGACGAUGCUGAAGAGCUCAGGAAGGACUUUGCGGCUGUACACAUCCACUCUGGGAGGACGAGUCCGGAUUACGAUUUGCUGCUGUCAGCGGACCCAGCUGGUGAAUUCGCAAGUCGAGGGUCAUUAUACAGGUCGCUCGGGUCCAUGUCUGAUCUAGGUGACCUCGAGACAUCACCAAACACCGCUGCUAAGGAACUGGAAAGCAAAUAG